UGGUAUGAGGGAUGAGAAGAAGAACCGAACCGAACCGACGCCAUUAAUGCCUCUAUCCUAUUCUUUGUCUCCUUCAUUCAUUCAUUAUAUUGCGCUCAGCUGCAUUUACUGUUUCUCCCCACUCUUUCUUCAACCACCUCUCCUCUUCUCUCUUCCCAACGACUCUCCCCUGUUUGUUUAUUUGUUUCUUUCAAAACAAACAAAGGACAUUCCUUUUGGCCAACAUUUUACCUUUUCUCUCUGCAUUUCUUUCAUGGCUUCUCGCAACCACUCUACAUUUUUAAUGCACUUUGGGGCUCUCUGAAUUUCACUCAGAUUGUUAGAGCUCACUCCACCUCUUGAAUAACCAAGAAUUUAGCUCAUUAGCUGAGUUCUUGAAGAAUUUUAGGUGGGUUUGCUUUUAAUUCUCAUGAAAGGAUUGGCAUAAAAUAAGUUGUUCCUACUUCCUAGGGUGUUGUGUUUUCAGCUAAGAUGGGAUCUCUGAAGAUACCUGCUCUUCUUAUGCUCAUAUUCUGGGCUUCCUUCAUCUCAAAUACUCAUCAAUUGCAGUCUUAUCAUAGGCAACUUCUUCUGCAGUUAAGGAAGCAUUUGGAAUACCCAGUGUUGCUGGAUGUUUGGGAGACUUACAAUGGUGAUUUGUGUAACUACCCUUCAUCACCACAUAUGAGCAUUGCAUGUGAAGGAGACUCAAUUACUGAGCUCAGGAUUAUUGGAGAUAAGCCAGUCAAGGUUAGUGAGUUCAAUGGAUUUGCAGUUCCAAACCAGACCUUAUCUCACCAUUUCUCCAUAGAUUCUUUUGUUGUUACUCUCACUAGACUAACUACCUUAAGGGUUCUUAGCUUGGUGUCUCUGGGUAUUUGGGGACCUCUUCCUGAUAAAAUUCAUAGGCUUGCAUCACUUGAGGUAAUGGACUUGAGUUGGAAUUUCAUGUUUGGUUCCAUUCCAUUUAAGAUGUCUAGACUGGUAAAGCUCCAUGCUUUAACAUUAGAUGGGAAUUUCUUUAAUGACACUAUGCCUGAUUGGUUUGGUUCUUCAUUUCAAAAUCUAACCAUUCUAAGCCUAAAGAACAACAGGUUAAAGGGUGAGUUCCCUUCUUCAUUGUCCAAAGUUGCAGCUCUUACUGAUGUAAUGUUUUCACACAAUAUGCUGUCGGGUAAAUUACCGGAUAUGAGUGCAUUGUUGAAUUUGCAUUUGUUGGAUUUGAGGGAAAACCGUUUUGACUCUGAACUGCCUCCCCUGCCAAAAGGGCUGGCCACAGUUCUUCUCAGCAAUAAUACAUUCUCUGGUGAAAUCCCAGAACAGCUAGGUGAACUACACCAACUUCAACACCUUGACUUGUCUAAUAACUUUCUGAGUGGGAUACCGCCUGUUGAAUUGUUCUCUUUGCCUCAUAUCAGUUACUUGAAUUUAGCAUCCAAUUUACUGAGGGGUUCACUUUCAGACCGUAUCAGCUGUGGGGACACGCUUGGUUUCGUUGAUAUUUCCUCAAACAGGUUGGUUGGCAAGCUUCCUUCUUGCUUAGACCCCACCUCAGAGAAGAGAAUUGUUAAGUCUGGUGGGAAUUGCUUGUCUGUUACUGUUAGUACCCAAAAUCAACAUCCUGAGUCAUAUUGUGCAAAAAAAGAACUUGUACAAGUGAAACAUACUAACAGGAAAAAAGUAGCAGUACUGGUAGGCAUUGUCGGGGGAAUUGCAAUUGUUGUGGUACUUUUGGCAGUUGGGUUUCUACUUAUUUUUCGGAAAAAACUCCACCAUACACAAGGCACACUGGAUCACCAUACACAAGCCACAUUUCCAAAGAUUGUGCAAGAUGCUUCACCACAGACGGGGAUUUCAUCUGAACUCCUUGCAAAUGCCCGAAUCAUAUCUCAAGCAGCAAAGCUAGGACCUCAAGGUUCUCCAGCAUACCGGGUGUUCUCCAUUGAAGAGUUACAAGAUGCUACCAAAUAUUUUGAUCAGUUAGCUUUAUUGGGUGAAGGCUCCAUGGGAAAAAUUUACAAGGGAAGGCUGGAGAAUGGAACCUGCAUUGCUAUUAGGUUAUUGGCCUUGCAUAAGAGACAUCUGAUCCGAAAUCUCAAAGUUCGAUUGGAUUUGCUUUCGAAAUUUAGUCAUCCAAACUUAGUUAGCCUUGUGGGUCAUUGCAUUGAUGGUGGAGGGCAAGAUGACUUAACAGUCAACAGAGUUUUCCUCGUGUAUGAAUUUGUUCCUAAUGGAAGUUUUCGUGCUCAUCUUUCAGAAACGAGCCCGGGAAAGGUUCUUAAGUGGUCAGACAGAUUGGCAGUUCUGAUUGGUGUGGCCAAGGCUGUUCACUUUCUCCAUACCGGGGUAAUUCCUGCUUCUUUCAGCAAUCGAUUGAAGACACAUAAUAUAUUGCUUGAUGAGCACCAGAUUGCAAAGCUGAGUGAUUACGGGAUGUCCAUCUUUAUGGAGGAACCUGACAGAGUUGAAGGCAAGGGAGAUGUCUCCAACUCAUGGUAUAUGACAAAGAAAGAGGAUGAUGUAUACAAUUUUGGGUUCAUAUUGCUGGAAUCACUAGUGGGCCCCAUUAUCAGCGGAAAAGGAGAAGCAUUUUUGCUGAAUGAAAUGGCAUCGUUUGGUAGCCAGGAUGGCCGACGAAGAAUUGUGGAUCCAAUUGUGCUAACCACUUCCUCACAAGAGUCUCUAUCGGUUGUAAUUUCCAUCACCAACAAAUGCAUCUCCCCCGACUCAUCUACUCGUCCAUCUUUUGAAGAUGUCCUUUGGAACCUUCAAUACGCAGCUCAAAUCCAGGCCACCGCUGAUUCAGAACACAAAUCUGAUGCAACUUCAAUGUCAUGAUCGAGAGAGAUCAUCUGCAUCUUGUGAAAACCCCAUUAAUCUCGACAAAUUGAAGAAGCAAGCUAACCGGCUUAAUACUGAACCCUUGAAUGAAUGGCUGCCAAUAUGCACAUACCCAUUCAUUCUUGACAGUAAAUGCCCUAGCCUUCAGAUCUCAUGCUCUCAUUCUGAUCAGUCAUCAUAGCAAGUACAGUGUCUAGUGGGCCUAGGAAUUAGGAUACAUGUACAAACUAGAUAAGUUUGAUUUUUUGUUUAAUUAGGAUUAGGAUUUCAUACUUAGUUCACCCAUAAUGUUGUGGAUUCCUUAAUGUUGAACAAUGUGGUACAAGGUUUAUAGCAAA